AUGGUGAGUACGCACCAUGCAGACCAUGCUGCACGAGCGCACCGUCAACGGAUCGUGGAGCGCCAGCGUGCGCCGCCGCUGGCUGUGUCGACCACGUCGCCGCUCACCGAAUCCCUCGCCAUUCUCUCCUACGUCAUCGUCUUCUCCCUCUACUUUGCCGGGUUCGCCAUUAUGGUGCUCGCCGUGGUGCACCAUCGGCGUGCGGUGCGACGUGGCCGCGCGCCGAGAAAGCCACUACACCCUCCGCCGGCCUCCCUCGUUGCAGCACGCAGCGAGGCAGCGUACACUAUGACGGGCAUGCAGAGCGAUGCAUCGCCAGCGCGGGGGGAGGAGACCUCGAAGGCCACUCCCACAGCCGCUCGGGGAAGCCUGCAGAUGAGUGAUCUGACAGUGUACCGCCUCAUGAAGCUGCAGAACUGCAUGGAGAGCGACGAGGAUGACGGGGAGAACAGCGCGCAGGGCGUACGCGGCGAAACCACCACAGCAGAGGCAGUUUCGGUGUUGGGCAGGACGCCGCUGCGGUUAUGCGCGCACCGGUGUGGCGAGACAAGCAGCGGCGGCAGCAGCGGUGCGGACACAAAGCAAAGGCUCUCCGACUGGGUAGACAACACGGCCUUAGCGGUGCUGAAGAUGCCGACUGCGGCCAAGUUGCUUCCGCUGGGGGAUCAGGAGCCGGCUGCCGCCGCUGACGAGAACAGUGACGUGUCGUUGACGCGCAAAAUGAAAGCCGACCCGGUGCACGCCAUGAGAUCUCUCUCCCUGUCCCCUGCCGCGUCCUGGUCCCCGUGUGCGGCCAGCGAUGCAUGUGCGACACUGCAAGCUCCUCGUCGCCGUCGUGGUGGUCACCAUCGUCGGGAGCGCUGCUCUGACGGCCGCGGAAGCUGCGGUAAUGUAAACGCCAUCACCGCAGCGGCUCAUGUCGCCGACACAACAACCUGGUUCGCUCCAUCAUCUGAGUCGUCGACGUAUCUCUCCUCAGAGUCGUCAUCCGCAUCACCGGCGGGCAACAGAGCCGCCGCCAACACCUCCACAGCAGCAGUCGCGGCGAAGACGUGUCCGUCAACUUCUCCCGUGCUCGUGCCGUAUGUGCGGCUGUGUCAGGUUCACUCCAGUCCUACCCCCGUACUCCCGGGGUGGCCGUCGAUCCUAGACAUGGGGCUCGAGUAUGAAACGGAUGCCGAAGUCGAUGCAGCGGAUGUGUUUGUUGCGAUGAAAACGGCACCAGUGCCGCUGGAUCCGCGCUCGCCGGGGACGAUGCACGCCGCCGCCACCGCUGCCGCAGCCCCCGCCAACAGCCACGGAUCCUCUGCACUGCUUGCACUCGCCGAUGCCGAGAGGAGCGUGAGCCGCGCAUCACGGCAGAAGUCGCGCCUGGUGCCGCUGCUUCCUUCUUUUUUCCCUGGAUCGUCACGUCCCCCUUGA